AUGUUUACUUCAGAUGCUGUCGAUUACAAGGCAAACACUGGUCAUACUUUGACAAUCACUGUCUCUGAUGCCGGCAGCCCUGUACAAUCAACAACAGUCACAGUUAACAUAAACGUCAUCAAUGUUAACGAUGGCCCACCUACAUUUUCUGGAACAUUUUCCUCCACCGUUCCUGAAGACAGCACCAUUGGGAUCUCUGUUGCUGACGUUGUAGCCACAGACCCUGAUGGAAAUAACGUUUUUGGAAGCCCUGUUUAUUCUAUUCAGGGUGGUGACCUCAAUAAUCAGUUUACCAUAGAUUCAAGUACAGGACGAGUGACAACUGUUGCUAACCUGGACAGAGAAACAAAAGCCUCGUAUGAUCUUGUCAUCAAAGCCAAGGAAAGUGGAGACACUGGAACUGCCACAGUUACGCUUACUGUAACAAUCACAGACGUCAACGACAAUACACCAUCCUGCUCUCAGAAUUCUUUUGUUGUGACAGUCAGUGAAGCUGAGAGUGCUGGAUUUGGUGUCAACACAUUCACUUGUACUGAUGAUGACACCACUGGAACUGUAUCAUACACUUUGUCAACUGGAGAUACGACCAAGUUUGAAAUGAGUUCAAAUAUUCUUCAGUUAAAGUUACCACUUGACUAUGAUGCUGGGGUGACAACAUAUAAUGUUAUUGUGACAGUAUCCGACUCUGCAAAUAGUGUAUCCAUCCCUGGAACAAUACACGUUGGAAACGUUAAUGAAGCUCCGCCAGUAUUUUCACCAGUGAUAUAUCCAGUUUUUCACAGUGAGAAUCUGUUACUGGCCUCCACAAUAGCACAAGUUACAGCAACAGAUGCAGACUCAGCUGCCACAGCAGAUGGACAAAUCACAUUUGCCUUUGUAGCAUCCUACCCUUUGUUUGCAUUAGACUCAACUUCAGGCUUUAUCACGCUAGUGUCAUCAUUGGACAGAGAGACGGAUGCGACUCACGACCUUCUAGUUUCAGCAACAGACGGAACUACGACAGUAACAGCCACUGUCAGUUUGACUGUCACUGAUGAAAAUGACAACACUCCUGUGUUUGGCUCUGGGUCCUACAGUGGCAGUGUGUCUGAGACGGAUGCUGUUGGAGCUAGUGUGGUGGUCACCGUUGCUGCAACUGACAUAGAUGACCCUGCAACAGGAGGAAAUGGACAAAUAACAUACUCAAUCAUCGGUGGUAAUACAAACAGUGACUUCACAAUCGAUGCCAGCAAUGGAGAGAUCAAAACAGCCAAACUGUUGGACUUUGAGACAGCUGUGUCCCACUCAUUAACAGUAAAGGCAGUCGACAGAGCCGGUGAUGCACAAUCCAAGUCUGCCACCACAAUUGUGUCAAUAACAGUCACUAAUGUGAAUGAGCAUAAUCCAGUAUUUACACCAACAACUAUCAUCAAGUCGGUACCCGAAAGCACAGCCAUUGGAACUCUCAUACAUCAGAUUCUUGCAAAUGAUGCAGAUAGUGGCACAGAUGGCGAUCUUACGUACACAAUGACAGCUCAUGCCACAUUUGCCCUAGCAUCCGAUGGAGCUCUAACCUUAAAAGAUAAUCUGAACUAUGCAACUGCCAGUACACACUCUCUUACUGUGACAGCAACUGAUAGUGGAACACCACCUAGAAGUACAGACGUUACUGUUACAAUCAACGUAGUUGACGACAACAAUAACACGCCAUCAUGCUCCCCAAGUUCCACGACUGUUAUUCAAAGAGAAGACCAUACUGGUAAUGUGGCUACUUUGUCAUGUACCGAUUUGGAUACAGGUGCAAGUGGAACACUUUCCUACAUAAUUGAAUCCGUGAAUGCUGUUGCUGGAAGUGGUUCAUUUUCUGUUGAUACGAGUGGUGCUGUCACUACAACAGGCUUGGAUUAUGAAACUGCAACUUCGCACUCCAUCAUAAUAAGAGUUGAAGAUGGUGCUGUCCCUGCGCUAAGCACAUCAGCUACAGUGAUUGUGUCAGUGACAGACGUCAAUGAGGCUGCUCCAGUAUUCCUUGGAACGCCGUUCAACCCUUCCAUGGCAGAAUCGGAAGUGGUAGGAUUUACUAUACUUACUGUGGCUGCAACUGAUGCUGACACUGCAAAUACGGUUACAUAUUCCCUGACAGACACAACCAAUCUACUCAUAGGAGCUGCCACAGGAGUAAUAACUCUGAAGGUUCAACAAGACAGAGAAACCAAUCCAACUGUGACUGUUGAUGUAUGUGCCACUGAUUCAGGCACAGUUGAUGCAAUCAAAUCCACAUGUGAGACUUUGACACUCACUAUAACAGAUGUCAAUGAUAACCUGCCAGUGUUUAAUCCAUCAUCAUAUACAACAAACGUAGAUGAGAACACAGCUAUAGGGACGACUGUGACGACUGUAACUGCAACAGAUGCGGACGAUUUAGGCUUUGGAACAAUUACCUAUUCCAUUGAGAGUGGCAACACUGACACUGUUUUUAGCAUCGCAGCAGGUGUUAUCACAGUUACUGACAAUACUGGCUUGGACUUUGAGACGACCCAACUCUUUACUCUCACAGUGAGGGCUACUGAUGGCGGGGGCCUGACUAGUGACGUCAUAGUGUCCAUAGGUGUCAAUCCUAUCAAUGAAAAUUCUCCAACAUUCACCCCGGCAUCAAGCACAGAAAUUGUUCCUGAGAACAGUGUACUGGGACAUGUUGUUAUAGAUCUUGAUGCUACAGACACUGAUUCUGGACUAGAUGGACAAGUAACCUACAGCAUCAUAUCGGGAUCACUUGGGAAGUUUGUGGUUGACUCAUCAACUGGCAUUGUGAGAGUUAGUGACGUCCUCGAUGCCGAAUCUGUGUUAUCAUACACUGUUACAAUUCAGGCAACGGAUGCUGGCACUAAUCCAUCAACACUGAGUGGUACCUAUAUCCUAACUGUAUCAGUGACUGAUGUGAAUGAUGUAGCACCAUCUUGCACUCAGGCAUACUACUCCACUGCCAUAACUGAAUCAACAGGACCAACAACGUCAGUUCAGCAAAUCGCGUGUUCAGACUCGGAUAUAAACGCACCAAACAAUGCCCUCAGUUACGCCAAAAUUGCAGGGGAUCCAGGGAACCUGUUUGACCUGGGUGCUUCUACAGGAUUGGUUUCUGUUGCUGCAGCAGCAUCCUUUGAUAGAGAGACAACUGCUUCAUACCUUCUGAAUGUUACGGUUACUGAUGGUGGAGCCACACCACUCUCUACAGUCAUCCACGUCUUUGUCAGUAUCACAGACGAGAAUGACAACACUCCAGCAUUUGGCCAGAACCCCUACACGCCCAGCAUAGCUGAAGAUGCUACCCCUGGAUCAGCUGUUGUGACAGUAGCAGCAACAGAUACAGAUGCGGGUUCAAAUGGAGAUGUAGUUUAUUUAAUUUCUUCUGGCAAUUCACUGGGCCACUUCACUGUGGACUCUGUGACAGGAGUUGUGUCUGUCCAGGCAUCCCUUGACAGGGAGUCUUUAUCUUCAUAUGUUUUGGAAGUCAAGGCUCAGGAUAAAGGAACCCCUACAAGCCUUACUGGAACAUCAACUGUUUCGAUUACAAUAACUGAUGUCAAUGACAACUUUCCUCUUUGCACCUCAUCUGUAUACACAGGCAGUGUACCAGAAGAUGCUACCCCAGCCACGUCCGUUAGCACUGUGUCCUGUCCAGAUGCUGAUGAUCCUCCUAACAAUAAUGUUGUAUACACAAUCACAGCAGGCAACACCGGGAGCGUGUUUGCUGUUGGGUCUACAUCAGGAGAGGUGACAGUGAAUGCAGGACUUGAUGCAGAAACACUGAGUGUGUUCAGCCUUACAGUACAAGCUUCAGAUGGAACCCUCACUACCGAUGCCAUUGUAACAGUCACAGUAUCGGAUGUCAAUGAACAUGACCCGGUCUUUGCGCCACCUGGACCCUACUCCGAGUCAUUCAGUGAGGACACACCUUUAGGAACUACUAUUAAGGACAUAAAUGCAAACGAUAAUGAUGUGUCUAAUUCUGUUCUAUCAUUCAGCAUAACUCUAGGAAACACAGAUAACAAGUUUUGGAUUGAUCCAACAUCAGGGACAGUUGUUCUUCAGGCAGCUCUUGACAGAGAAACUACAGACACAUAUUCCUUGACAAUAGAAGUAGCUGAUGGAACAGGAGCUGGAAGUCGCACAGCAACGACUCAACUGACAGUUUUAGUCCUCGACGUUAAUGACAAUGACCCGGUCUGUGUUCCUUCCAACUAUAUCAACACAUUACCAGAAGAUUCCAGUAUUGGAACAACUGUAAGCAGUCUAACAUGUUCUGAUGCUGAUUCUUCUACCCCUACCCUUGCUUACAGUAUCACAACAGGCAAUGGGGAUGGCAAGUUUACCAUCGAUGCUGCUUCUGGGGUGGUCACCAUAUUUGCUUUGCUCGAUUAUGAAACAAAGACUUCCUAUAGCUUGGAAAUUCAAGUAUCUGACCAAGGGGGUACUGCAAGAGUUAUCACUGUUCCUGUAAGUUUAGAUGUAACUCCUAUAAAUGAAGCUGCCCCUGUAUUUUCUGCGGUUACUCCUGUGGCUAUUCGGGAAGAUGUCUCCAUAGGAACGCUUGUGUACACAGUAACAGCUACAGAUACUGAUAAUGGUUUACUUCAUGGGACAGUGAGGUAUUCUAUUACAACUGGUAAUAGCCUUGGCCAUUAUACAAUUGAUGAAGGAACCGGUGAAAUCAAGACUGUAGGUAAUUUAGACAGAGAAAGCAUGGCCUCAUACACUUUGAAAAUCCGCGCUACUGACGACUAUGCUGGUUCAGGUAAUGAGCGUAGUUCUGAAGUGGAUCUCAGUAUAACAGUGGAUGAUGUGAAUGAUAACAUUCCUGUGUUUGUACCAGUAGUCUACCUCAAAGAUGUCCUUGAGACAGCACCAAGUGGAUCUACACUCGUCAUUGUGACUUCGCGAGAUGAUGAUGAUGUCCCAAACGCAACACCUGUGUACUCCAUCAUUUCAGGAAAUACAGGAAGCGCCUUCAAAUUUGUUGCAAACGAACUUUUAUUGGAUACAGGAAAAACUUUAGACUUUGAGACUUUGACAAUGUAUGAUCUUGUCAUACAGGUUUCUGAUAGUGGAACCCCAUUACUGUCUUCAAGUGGCAGAAUUAUAAUAAACGUACUAUCAGAAAAUGAAUUUCCUCCAAUCCCUGCUGUCCCUAAUGACAGCAUUACUGUGAGCGAACUCAUUCCAGUGGGAACCAACUUCUACAAUGCAAGCGCAGUAGACGGUGAUGCAGGGACCGAUGGUGAAUUCUCAUGGAGUAUCACAAAUGGAAAUAUCCCAACACUAUUCUUCUGCAGUCCACUGUUAGGAGAACUGUAUACAUCGUCUGUUCUAGAUUACGACACACCUCCCAACACUCACAAUAUUACUGUUGAAGCACAAGACAAAGGUGGCUUGACUGGGUCAUUCUGGCUUGAAAUUGUACUUCAGGAUGAAAAUGAUGAAUAUCCAGUAUUUGCUAAAUCAAUAUAUACUCCUCUCUUGGAUGAAAAUGUAGCCAUUGGCCAGACAGUAGAAACGGUUACAGCGAUUGACAAAGACUCAGGGGCAAAUGGACAAGUCACAUACUCAAUAACAUCUGGAGAUGGACUGGCAUAUUUUGCAAUAGACUCCUCUAGUGGUAUUAUUACAACAACAAAAGAUAUUGAUUAUGAGACAAAUACUGUUUUCUUCCUAAUUCUGCAAGCAAUCGAUGGUGGAACGCCACCUCUGUCUACUGUUGGAGUCGUCAAGGUAACAGUAGUUGAUCUUAAUGAUAAUGCUCCUACCUUCCUGCCUGACUUCUUCGCUCAGAGUGUGUCAGAAGACGUUACUGUGGGAACUAGCGUCACGACUGUCUAUGCCACAGAUGCUGACUCUUCUGCUAACAAUAACAACGUCUUCACCUACAGUCUCACAGAUCCCUACUUCGAUGUCAACCCAGGAUCUGGGCAAAUAUCAACAAAGGCUGUGUUAGACAGAGAAACCAUUCCGAGUCAUAAUUUAACGAUCUUUGCCAUCGACCAAGGAUCACCAGCCAAUACGGGAACGGCACUUGUGACACUCAACCUCCUAGAUAUCAACGAUAACACACCGGACAUAACAGGAAGCUACUCCACUAAUCUGAGUGAGGACAUCAGCCCUGGAACCAUUGUGUUCACUAUUGCAGCCUCUGACAUAGAUAGUGGUGUGAAUGCUGAACUUGUGUACUCUAUUGUGUCUGGAAACACUGAUGGAGAUUUCAAGAUAGAAAUUGGGAGUGGUAUUGUUCAAGUGGUGAAUUCACUGGACAGGGAGAGAACCGCGUCCUACAACCACGUCAUCCAUGUAACUGACAAGGGUACACCUCCACUGACUGCUUCUGUUACCACCACGAUAGUAAUAGAUGAUGUGAAUGACAACAAUCCAAUCUUCAACACAUCACCAUACACCUUCAACAUAGCUGAAAACGUUCCGUUGGGGUCAUCAGUUGGCACAAUACUAGCUACAGACCUAGACAGUCUAACAAAUGCAGCCUUGACGUACGAGAUUGUUGUCUUCUGGACUGGUGAAGCAUCCCAUUUCAACCUUGACCUUUCAUCAGGAGUGAUCACUACAGCAGGGAAUCUGGACCGAGAAACUAUUGACACAUACAGUUUGAGAUGUCGUGCUAAAGAUGGAGGCACUCCACAGUUAACUGGAGACGUCAAUGUGACGAUCGUGAUUGAUGACUUGAAUGACAACCCACCCGUCUUCAACCCCACACAGUAUACUGGAUCCGUUAAUGAAAAUACGGCUGCGGGAACGAGCAUAUUAACCGUUACAGUCACUGAUGCAGAUGCCCACAAUGGUGCCAUAACUCUGUCAAUCGACACUUCAACUCCUGAAGGGGUCAGAGGUGAUCUAUUCUUGGCAGUUGAUUCCAAUUCAGGUAUUGUCAGUGUCAAGUCUGUUAUGGACAGGGAGGUUGAUGUGGAAUUCAAUGUGACCAUUUUAGCUGUUGACAAUGGGACAGUUCCACUGACAGCCUCAGCUAUGGUUUACAUCACAGUCAUCGAUGAAAAUGACAAUACCCCUGUCUUCAGCACAACCUUCUACAACGCUGAGAUCGCCUACACAGGCUCCUGUGACAACACUAUUUUGACCCUGACGGCGACUGAUGCUGAUUCCGGACCAAAUGGUCAAGUGUCCUACUACUUUUCCCAGAAUCCUUAUGGAUUUUUCUUUGCUGUUGGUUCCAGUUCAGGUGCUGUGACGCUACAGACCCCAGUGUCAGUGAACACAAAGUAUGUACUGGAAGCCUCAGGGAAGGACGGUGGUGUUUCUUCGAGAACCACCAGCCCUGCAGCAUCAAUUCGUGUGGACACAUUCGACCCCAACACAGUGGCCGUCAUCAUCAAACUUGGCAUAAGCAAAGCCGAUUUCCUCCUUAGAAAGGAUCAGUUUGUGUCCCAAUUCAAGACUGUCAUGUCAUCCAAAUACCCAUCUUGUCUUGUACGGGUCUGGUGCAUCACAGAGCGAUCGGGGGAGACGGCAGUAGCAGCACCAACAAGAAGGCGACUCCUGGCCUCAAGUCCAGUAAAUGUCAACCUUGUUGUUGUUGCGGACAACACAACUGAGUCGUCAAGCAACCUGUCCCAGGGCAAGACUUUCCUGACUUCCAGUGCUGUCACCAGUGUCGUAGCGUCCGACCCGUCAGGGACUCCAUCCUCAGCACUGCAAGGGUCAGCUUGGGACUACUUUGUGAUCCAGAACGCCAGCCCCUACACGGAGACUGUCACCCCCUGGUAUCAGACAACAGUCGGCAUCGUCUUCAUCACCCUCGCCUGCCUCCUGACCGUCGUCCUCAUCGCCAUCACUAUCUUCGCUCUCCUCUGGUGGAGGAAGAAGAGAAGGUUGCUUAUUUUAACACGAAAUUGA